CCCGAUUCAAAUCAAAUGCGUCGACUCAUUCUUCCCUCCCUCCGCAUGCUAAACUACUACGACGCUCGGCCAGCCAUGGAAGUCGGCGCGUUCAGCAGUGACUACUCCUCGGGGACGCCAUCCCCGGUCGGCGGCGACGACGGCUCCUCCUCGUACCUGACGGUGUCGUCGGCGCCGCCCAAGAGGCGCGCCGGGCGGACCAAGUUCAAGGAGACGCGGCACCCCGUGUACAAGGGCGUGCGCCAGAGGAACCCCGGGAGGUGGGUGUGCGAGGUGCGGGAGCCGCACGGCAAGCAGCGGAUAUGGCUCGGGACCUUCGAGACCGCCGAGAUGGCGGCGCGCGCGCACGACGUGGCCGCGCUGGCACUGCGCGGGCGCGCCGCAUGCCUCAACUUCGCCGACUCGCCCUGCCUGCUGAGGGUCCCGCCGGUGGGCGCCGGGCACGACGAGAUAAGGCGGGCGGCGGUCGAGGCGGCUGAGCAGUUCCGGCCGGCCCCCGAUCAGGGCAAUGUGGCCGUCGAGGAGGCCGCCGCUACACCACCGGGCGCCUUGUCCAGCGCGCCGCAGAGCUUGGAUGACCCCUACUGCAUUAUCGACGACAGGCUCGACUUCGGGAUGCAGGGGUACCUCGACAUGGCGCAAGGGAUGCUCAUUGACCCGCCACCGAUGGCAGGUUCAUCCGCAAAUGGCGGCGACGAUGACGACGACCACGGUGAGGUCAACCUCUGGAACUACUAAUCGCGCGCGUUUGAAGCAUGCUUGCUUUGGGCGCAGAACUUCCGAUGUACAGCCGGCCUAUGGGAAUCUAUUACGAGCGAAAUGGACUGUUGCUCUUUUGUUUCUUUCUUUAUCGGUAAUGUUAAUGUAUCCCUGCUCUUCUGAUGAAGUGUGAUCAGGAGAAGCAGAAGACUGAGAUGUUUGUACAAAAAUGGACUUGUUGCUGAAUAACGCAAUGUAACAGUGAUCCUGAGAGUGCUAUGAGCCUA